AUGAGCGCAUUCCACAGCAAUCACUUUUCGCAGCCGCAGACGUCCUCUCCACCCCGGUCACAGCCACCGUCGCCCGCGAUAUCACGGAAACCUCUACCAGCAGCGCCCUCCCAUUCACAUUCGACGUCCACAUCCUGCCCGUCAUGCGGCCAUGCUUUCGCCUCGUCCGCUGCCGAAGAUGCCCAGCGCAUGAUCAACGACCUUCAGGCACAAGUCAAGCUGCUGAACUCCAAAGCCGCCGCGGCGGUCGACAAGCUCGCAGACUAUGAAGACGAAGUGCGCGCAUUACGGGCGGAGCGACAACAACGUGAGGUCGCCGAGAGCAUCGUACAACAGCAACAGCAGCAAAACCCCAACCUUCCCCCACCGCCUCUUUCUGAUGGCCGCAACAUGCCCCCGCAGCAGUCUCGCCUGUCCAGCCUCCGGUCGCUGCUCGGCGGCCAGCGCCGCAACCCCUCGGACUCGGGCAUCGACGGCAGCUUCACCUUGCCGGGCUACGCGCAGACGUCGUUCGGGUCCGCGUCGCAACCGCACCUGCCCUUCUCGUCCAGCGAGCCGACGCUGCACUCGCUGCAGUCGGACCUGGCGUCGGAGCGCGAGAUGCGGCUCAAGGCGGAAACGAGCCUCUCGCAGACGCAGCUGGAGCUUGAGGACCUGACGGCGCAGCUGUUUGGGCAGGCGAACGAGAUGGUGGCGGAGGAGCGGCGGGCGAGGAGUAAGCUUGAAGAGAGGGUGAGGAUUCUGGAGAGGAGGGAGAAGGAGAAGGGCGAGAGGCUUAAGAGGUUGGAGGGGAGGGUUGAGCGGGUCGAGAGGGUGAGGGCUAUGGUGGGCUGA